AUGAAAAAAGUAGCUCAAAACCGAUCAAAUUCAAGUAAUAAACCUCAAGACAUAUUUAGAAAUGAAACGCAAAGGUCAUAUAUUAUUAAGGAAAGACUCAAACGCCAGCAACAUGCAUAUUUAACCAUGAUGAAAGAUAGUCUGAAUAGAGAAAUCUUUAAUAAUUUGCCUCAAGAUAAAACAUAUAGAUACGAAUCAUCAUAUACAAUUAGUACUAAGCAUAAACUAAAACGUAGGCAACGAAAGUUUAUGCUUGAAUUACAACGUUCCAAUACAUUGCCUAGCAAAUCUGAAACUAGGCUUAAUGAGCCACUACGCUCAAACUCUUUACCUAAUAAUACACCUCUUUCGGAAUUUUAUUAUCCAAAUCCAGUAUUCAGUGUUUUUUCUAGUUCCCCAAAUACGACACAACAAAAUAUAUAUUCAUAUCAGCUUGUUGAGGAGCCCGGAACAUAUUAUAUACAACCGUCCGGGCCAAAUAAUGAAACAUAUAAUGAUGAAGCAUUUGCGAUAGAAGAAACGACAAGCAUAAUGUUAUACGGAAGAGAUGCUUAUCCAAAUCCAAUUAGCAGAGUUGGCAUUGGACAUAUGUCCAAUGAUUUUGAAAACGAUUGGACAUAUAAAAUUUUAUAUGUCCAAUAUAUUUUUAAAUUAUUGGACAUAUGUCCAAUGCCAACUCUGUAUAUAGGUGCAGAAAUAUUAUAUCACUAG